UUGGGCAAUGCGGAGUACGAUCCCAACUAUGGAGGCUACAAUUCAGAUAUAGAAACAUUCAUGAACACUUCAAAAAUUUUGGGAUCUUAUUUGACAGAUCAACAAAGGGAAACUUUCGAAAAAGGAGGCUAUUAUUACUAUGACUAUCCAAAGGCCAAUCUACGCGUUAUAUCCUUGAACUCCGUUAUUUACUCAAAAAGAAGAAAUUUGACAGAAUCAGAUUUAUACGGCCAGAUUUCAUGGUUAAAGAAUAUAAUGAACACAGAAUACAAGACAUUAAUACUUUUCCAUAUACAGCCAGGCGUUAACUACGCUGAAAAGAAGAAUUCUUGGUAUGAUUAUCAUAUCAACCAAAUUUCACAAGUAUUUGAAGAAAAACAACCAGAUUACUUACUAGGAGCACAUGUGCACCUUGAUAUGCUCAUGCCGUUCUUUAAUUCCAAGAAUCUUGAAAUAAUUGCUUUAAGCAAUCCAGCUGUUUCUCCGAAGCACGACAACAACCCUUCCUUCAGACUGUAUUAUAUGAACAAAGGAUUGUCCGAUUACAAGCAAUUUUACGCUGAUAUAAAGAUAAUCCGUCAUUUUUAA